UGACAAAUAUUGCUAAUUGACAGAUAAUUGUAGGGAGGGUAAAAAAUCAAAAGAAGUGUUUUAAAUUGCAAAUAGACUAAUUUUGUAUUAAAAAUGUCGUUUAGAGAAGAUUUAAGGCAAAUUGUAAAACCCUAUUAUAUUUUUAAUAUUUUAAUAAGUCUUUCCUACGUAGUUCUGAAACGAAUUCCAGGAGUAUGCAGUUAUUUAUUUCCUUCAAGUAAUUGUGAGUUUGAAGGGAGAGAAACAGAAAUAUUGUUCUUUCUUAUCAUAGUAAUUGCAAUAAGGACAAGAAAAGCUGGGAGUGUGACUAUGAUAAACUAUUUGUCUUCAAGUUUUAUAUAUACCAAAGUUGCAAAUUUGAUAUUAUGGUUUAGUGCUGAUAUUCUAAUGGGAAUUAUAUAUGGAAUUGUUUUUAUAUUGGGAGCUCUCUUAUUUCCAGAACCAACUUAUUCUGGCCCUGACAAAGUUGUAUACUUCAGAGGGGUGCAAGGUUUAGAUGAUGAAUUAAUAAGAGACACAAAGGUAACAUGGUUGGUGGCUUUCUACACAGUUUGGAACCCUGCUUGCGUUAAUUUUGCUCCUAUUUUUGCCAAACUUAGCACAGAAUUUUAUUUGGAUAAUCUUAAAUUUGGAAAAGUAGACAUUGGGCGAUACCCUGAUGCUGGUAAAAAAUACCAUGUCAGUGAUAGCAGUAUGAGCAAGCAGCUACCCACGAUUAUUGUCUUUCAAGAAGGGAAAGAAGUGUCUAGGAGGCCUAUGGCGGAUACUAAAGGAAAGCUUAUUAAAUUUUUAUUCAAUGAGGAAAAUAUUGUAAGUGCUUUUGGGCUACGUGGCUUACAUGAAAAUUGCAAAAAUCAGGUUAAAACUAAAAGCAGUAAACCUCAUCAUGAUUAAAGUAAUUUUAUUUGUAAAUGAUGCUUUAAUUUUGCUUUUUAUGAAAGAUUUUUAUUUGGUUUUGCGGAUUUUUAAAUGUUUGAAUAAAAAUCAAAUGGGGCCCAAUGUGGAACUAAUAAAAGUACCUUAUCAAUUGUUACUUUGAUUAUACCAUAUCCCCAUUUUAAUUUCUGUGAAAAUAAGGAUUCUUGUGUAAGUAACAUGUUGUGAAUAUGAUUUUUUAUAAGAGUUCGUUUUCAUAUGUAAGAUUAAUAAUUGUACUGUUUUGUAAAUUUGAUCUGUAGUGGUUGUAUAAAAUCAGUUAAGGAAUAUUGUCUAUAAUGUAGGUAUCAUAUAGCAGGAUUUUAAAUAAUUUAUAUACAAUAUAUUACAGAUUUGACAGUAAACUGAGCUAAUAGAGCAUAACUGUUAGUCAUACAUAAAUUAUUUUUAUAGUUUGUCAUUUAUUACUGAAAAUCCAGACCAAAAAAUAUAUUUAUAUUAUAUAUAAAUGUUCUUGUUUUUUAAAUGUAUUUAUUUUGUGUUGUUUGCAUUGUUAAAUAAAAAAAUAUACA